AUGACAGCCUGGCUUCUUGAUCAUGGAGCUGAUCCAAACCAGCGAUGUUUCAUCGAUUUGACACCACUCUCUUACGCCGUUGAAAGCGCCCCAAUUUCGAUAAUUUCUCUCUUGUUCAGCCAUGGCGGAGACGCGGGGAAAGGUCAGCUGCUUCAUCACACAAUUGAGCGACGAUCGGGCACCAUUGAGGUCCUGAAACUCCUCCUCGAAAAAGGCGCAUCCCUGAAUUCAACCGCAUUCGAGGACCAUCCUUCCUGGACGCUGUUUUACUUUAUGGGUCUUGGAACAGCUCUGCAUAAAGCAGCCGAACUCGGUAAAGUGGAUGUGGUCAACUUCCUGAUCAGUGAAGGCGCCGAUCAGGGUAUCAAAGAUGCAAAUGGUCGUACGCCAAUUGACUGUGCACGGAUGUCAAAUCAAUGGCAAGUAAUCGAGGUUUUAGAAGGGAAAUAG